CCAGGCUGCUGCUGCUGCUGCCACACACACACACACACACACACUUGUUAUUCCCAUCAACUUUUCCUGCUUGUUUUUUCCUCUCUUAUCUUUGCUCCAGAGGAUUCUCUGAUUUUCCUAUUGACCAUAUCAGCAUGCAAUAAUACACAGCAUGCACCUGAUUCUAUGGGAAAGGACGGAGAUCCGGCAGAAGAAAACCAGAUGUGAAUGGAAAUAUUGAAGGUUUUUUUCUUCUUCUUCUUCAUUGCACAUAGGACACUAUAAGAGACAGGAUACUGCAUUUCUUCCAGGAAGGAGGGAGUUAUUCUUGUGAAUCUCAGCAUCAAUCUAACGCAGGCUGCCAGGUCAUCUGGACCUUAAAAGCAGUGGUGGAUUUUAAAUAUGAGCUGCAGACAUAAGAAGGGAUAGUCUGGAUGUUUUAUGCCCUUCUCUCUGAGGAGAAAAGUGUCGCCUCAUACUGACUGGCACAGAAGACGUCUAGGCAUAUGCAUGGCACUGAGGGACUGAGUCUUUUGGAUUAAGAGGAUGCCAGUCAGAAGGUGCAGAGGUAAAGGUGCCAAAGUGAUGGGAUGCUGCUGCCAGUCAUUGUCUUUGCUGCUGAUGCUGUUCUUUAUGGGCACUUACUGCAGAGCUCAGGUGUACAAUCUCAGCCUGGCAGUGGAUGAAGGACUGCCUCCAGGGACUUUAGUAGGGGACAUCCGUGCUGGACUGCCAGAAGGGAGCCCAGGUGAAGGCUUUUUCCUAUCUGAGGAGGAUGGAGAGUCCCCAGUGCUAAGGGACUUUUACAUUGACACCGAGACUGGCAUAGUGAGGACAUUAAGAAUUCUGGACAGGGAGAGAAGACAACAUUACAGCUUUGUGGCUGCCACUUUGCUAGGAGAUGUUGUCCAAGUAGAGAUCAAGGUGCAAGAUGUCAAUGAUCACUCACCCACCUUUCCUGUGGAAUCGCUGGGACUGCAAGUAUCUGAGCUGACACCCCCUGGCACCACCUUCAGGUUACCUGCAGCCAGAGACCCUGACACUGGGGAGUAUGGGCUGAGGGGUUACUCUUUGAUAAGGGGGAGCCAAGGAAGUCCCUUCAUCCUCAGGUAUGGGGAAAGCAAAUCUGGUGUUGGUGCUGAUGAAGAUUUUGCAGUUUGGGAUCAGGCAAGAAAGAAUGUAGGAGUGAAUGUGAAGGAGAAUAGCCCAGCUGUCCAGGAAUGGCCUGUACAUGAAAAGCUUGGUCAGGGAGACAAUGUAUAUGAUGAUUUAAAUGUAGGUCUCUCAUACUUUGUAAAUGGGACUAGUGCAGGGUUACCGGCAGAACAGAGGGGGACUUGGGUAGCAAAGUCUUUUAGUGAAUUAGAUAAGAUGGGACACAGCGAGAAAUCAAAUACAGAAAGACAAGACCAUAAGGAUGUUGAGCUUGAGUAUGCAGAAGGCAUGUCCUAUGGGACACAUACACCUGGGGAGCAACAAGAAUACACAUUAGAGGGUCAUGGUCCAGAUGUACAUUCUGAGGUUCAUCCAUAUUACUGGUAUGCUGGGGAAAAUAGCAACAAAUCAGACUUACAUAAAAAACUGCAGUUAGAAGGGUCAUCUUCCUUGACACAAAUAUCUAAUUUUCACCCCUUGGAUCUUGUGUUAGUGCACUGGUUAGAUAGGGAGGAGCUUGACAGGUAUCAGCUGGAAGUUGAGGCUUUUGAUGGUGGAUAUCCACGUAGAACUGGAAGACUUUUAAUAGAUAUCACAGUGUUGGAUGCAAAUGACAACCCCCCAACCUUUGACCAGCCCGAAUAUAAAGGAUGGGUGUGGGAAAAUGCUCCAGUUGGUACACCAGUUUGCACAGUCCAUGCAACUGACCCAGAUUUAGGUAGCAAUGCUGAGGUGACGUACACCUUACGAUCUGAUGAGGGCUACUUUUUUGUUGAAGAAACCAGUGGAGUAGUAAGAGUUAAUCGUCCCUUGGACAGAGAGCAAAAGGCUCUUCAUCAACUUGUGGUGCUAGCUAAAGAUGGAGGAUCACAACCUGAAGUGACAAGUGUCCUUGUUAUAGUAAAAGUUCUUGAUGUUAAUGAUAACAAACCCCAAAUCCAAAUCACCCUACUUACUGAUAGUGGACGCCCAGAGAUAUCAGAGGGAGCAAGGGUUGGCGAGUAUCUUGCAAGAAUUUCUGUAUCUGACCCUGACUUAGAGCUUCAUCAUGUUCCCUUGGACACUACAAACAGUCAGGAAAGAGGGGGGCAAGUAGAUAUAUCUCUACAUAGUGAUACACUGGAAGAAAGUGAUGGCAUAAUAAGACACCCACUGAUUAAUACAACACCUGGCACGGAGCAAAUACAAUUAUAUGGGAACAUAAUGGAUGCACAAGAAGAAGUGGAAAAUGGCAACAUGGGUGCACCACAACAGGUGUUUCUCACUUUACAAGGUUCUGAUGGCUCUUUUUCUCUUCGCCCUGUUGCACCUCAAAUAUAUUUUUUAUGUGUUGAAGCUCCCCUGGAUCGUGAGCAGAAGGAUUUAUAUGAGCUGACAUUGCUUGCUAGAGACUCAGGUUCUCCUCCUUUAAACACUCUUAAAAAACUCCUUGUUGCUGUCACAGAUUUGAAUGAUGAGACCCCUGUGUUUUCUCACCCUGAAGGAUACAAUGCUACAGUUUCAGAAGCUGCAUCUGCUGGUACUGCUGUGCUGACCCUUCAUGCCCAGGACCUGGAUGAUGAUGGCCCAAAUUCUUGGAUUACCUAUACUCUCCAGGACAGUGCUACUUCUUCAGCCUUUAUGUUAGACCCACAUACAGGGAUUCUCAGUCUUACCAACACACUUGACUUUGAGGCAGAGACUGUACUGAACUUAGUCGUUGUAGCUACUGACCAUGGAAUUCCUCCCCUGUCUGCCACCUGUCCUGUGACCAUAACGGUUGAGGAUGUCAAUGACAAUGAACCACUUUUCUUACAAGAGUUCUAUAACGCAACUCUGCAGGAACAUGCCGCCCUAGGACACUGCUUCCUUCAGGUGAAGGCUACUGAUGCUGACUCCGGUUCCUUUGGAGAGGUCCAUUAUGCCCUAUAUGAUAGGUUCCACAGCACUGAAGAGUCUCAGAAAUUCUCGAUUCACCCCGAUUCCGGACGUAUUUGUGUAUCACAAGAUAUUGAUAGAGAAGGAGAGCCUGGAAGUUAUGAUCUUAUUGCAAAAGCACAAGAUGGGGGUGGCCUAAGUGCUCAAGCUUUUGUUCGAGUGGUUAUAGAAGACAUAAAUGACAAUGCACCGGUUUUUGAUCAUAAAAAUGUUGUGACAACCAUCAGCAGCCAUACUCAACCAGGAACAGAGAUUCUAAAUGUGGUGGCCACUGAUAGAGAUAGCGGAAUAUUUGGAGAAAUGUUAUAUGAGCUAAUACCUGGAGACAAGACACCAAUGUUUACUAUUGACUCAUCUUCAGGAGUUAUCUAUUUGAUUGCUGCUCUCAAUCAUCUUGAAAAUUUGCAAGUGACCUUCUCGGUAUGUGCUCGAGAUAAAGGUGGAUUAACAUCUGCAGUGAAUGCAUCUGUAACAGUUAAUAUCCAAAAGACUACUGUUCCACCACCAAUCUUUGAAAAAUCCCGCUAUACAUUUGUAAUAUCGGAAAAUGUUCCAAAUGGCAGCACUGUUGGUACUGUCAAGGCUAGAGAACCUCUGAAUUCCAUUGAUCCUGUAUCCUACAGAAUACUCUCUGGUGAUCCGUAUCAAAUGUUCUCCAUAAGUUCCCAGUUUGGUAUUAUUACAACGAGAAAGCAAUUGGACCACGAGUCUCUGCCUGUUAUUAUUCUUACUGUCCAGUCACAGCUGGGGAGCUCUCCAGUCUUCACCAGUACACAGGUCAACGUUACGAUAACUGACGUUAAUGACAACCCUCCUGUUUUUCCAAGGGAGAAUGAAAUAAUAAUUGUCCCCCAGACAACUCCUCCCGGCAGUGCGCUGUAUAUUGCUCAAGCACAAGACCUUGAUGAUGGUUAUAAUGGAUUCAUCACCUACAGCAUUGCCAGUGACAACCAAGACAUGUUUACCAUUGACGCGAACCUUGGAAUUCUGUAUCUAAACACAACAUUAACCAUGGUUUGUGAACAUAUUCUUCUGAUAAUGGCAGAGGACAACGGACAUCCUCCCUUAAGUUCCCUACUUGCAUUAACCAUUAGCGUCACAAAGAACAAUCUUGGCAAUACGUUGACUUUCGGAAAUCUGGUGCAUCAAGUAGAAAUUAAUGAAGAUUUUACUUUAAACUCUAGAAUCAUCCAGGUGAAAGCUUCCAUGGAUGGGACACCAGGUCAGCAGACUAGAAUCAUCUAUUCCUUACUCCCUGUGAAUUCCCUUACAUUCGUAAUCAAUCGUAAUACAGGAUGGAUUUCGUUACGCCAGUCUUUGGAUUAUGAAAAGACUAAUAUGUACAAUCUUAUUGUGGUGGCGAGAAGCAUGGACCAGGUUGAGGAAGAAACGGCAACUACUUCUAUCAUUGUGAAGAUUUUGGAUGUAAAUGACAAUUAUCCAAUUUUCAAUCAACAUAUUUAUUUCUUCACUGUUCCUGAAAGUCCCACUCCUUAUGGCGUGGUCGGGACAAUCCGGGCAUUGGACAGGGACUCUGGGAGGAAUGGACAGCUCUCAUAUUAUCUGCUGUCCGAGGAAAGUUAUUUCCAUAUCAACUCCAAGACAGGUGAAUUGAUUAAUUCUGCAGCCUUAGAUCGUGAAUAUAAAGAGCAUCAUCACCUGACUGUGUUGGUCACCGACCAUGGCACUCCACGCCGUAACGCCACAGCUACAGUUUACAUUACAGUCAGUGACCUUAAUGACAACAAGCCAUUCUUUCCCCAGUUGCCAUCAGGAAAGCAGCUGCACAUAAAGGUUCCAGAUGGCCAGCCAGGACAUAUGUUCGUGACUGCUGUUUACGCUAAGGAUCCCGAUGCAGCUAACAAUGGGUCCGUUGUGUACUGCAUGUCCUCAGAUGAUGAUCUCGAUCAUUUCUUUAUUAACAGUAGUAGUGGAGAAAUAUGGACAACUCAGAUGCUGUCAGCAAAACUAAGGUCCCACUAUCAGCUAACAGUCACUGCACAUGAUCAAGGCGUCCCCCCUCUGGAGGAAUAUGUCAUGGUUAACAUUGAGGUCAUUUCAACAUCCACAGAGAAAUAUAAAGAUCUCAUUGAAGUCAAGACCAUAAAGAUUCCAGAAAAUGUGAAACCAGCUCAAAGGAUUGGUUCAGUAAAGUUGCAUAAGGAUACCAAUUCUAAGCUCCUAUAUCGACUAUCUGAAGAAGACCUCAGCAGUCAUUUUGCUGUUGACAGUUCCAAUGGAGAUAUUUAUCUUUCCAGACCAGUAGAUUAUGAAACAAAUGCUCAAUAUAUGUUACAUCUUAGCAUACAAGAUCACAACAAGAUACCUCCAAAGAGCCAUUCUGUCAUCCUAAAGAUUGAUGUUGAAGACCAAAAUGACCAUUCUCCUUUUUUUCCCGACCAUCUUGUAAUCAUCGGGAUUGCAGAAAAUGUUCCUAUUGGAACUGUACUGUAUACAUUUAAAGCUAAAGAUGGAGAUGGCAAAAUAGACAACAGCAAAAUUAAGUAUUCAUUAAACACUGGAGGAGGAAAAGAAAAUCCCUUUGUUAUUCACGAAUGGGAUGGAAUCUUGACUACAAACCAAGCUCUGGACAGGGAAACAGAGGAGUCAUUUAUCCUGACAGUGAUUGCAACAGACCAGGCAAAUAACAUAACACAGCGCCGACACUGUUCACUGACAGCUCAGAUUAUCAUUCAAGACGUCAACGACAACCGUCCAAGUUUCCUAUCACCGCCUGCUGCUUCUGUAAUGGAGGACGCAGAAGUUGGCUCACUCAUACAUCGAGUAGUGGCUGAGGAUCUGGAUGAGGGAAGGAAUGGAAAAAUAACAUUUCACAUCAAGGAUGGAAAUUCAAAGCAAGUUUUUUUGUUGGAUGAAUCAACAGGGUGGCUCAGCUUAUCCACUACAGUUGACCGUGAGAUCCAAGAACAUUAUACUUUAACCAUCUUGGCCACAGACAAUGGAAAUCCAGCUCUCUAUGCAACACAGAUUGUUACAGUCAUGGUUACUGAUGUAACUGACGUGUUACCGACAUUCAAGCAACUCUUGUAUGAAACUGAGAUUCCCGAAAACCUCGAGCCUGGACAGCAUGUGAUGAAGGUUGAAGCAGAGGACAGUGAUUCAGGAGUCAAUGCUGCACUUACAUAUCACAUUUUGCCCGGCCCAGCACAUGGAUUUUUCAGAAUAAAUCCAAAUACUGGAGAGUUGAUUACAGCCGCAUCAUUUGACAGAGAGAAGGAGGAUCAUUUUAUUAUUAAGGUCCUGGUGACAGAUGGCGGAUCCCCAUCAUUCUCCGGUUCAACCACCAUUGUGUGUAGAGUGCUGGACGAGAACGAUAAUGCUCCUGAGCUCUUACUUCCUGAGGCUGAGAUCCAUGUCCCAGAAAACCAAGAUCUGGGAAUAAUUCACAAAGUGUUGGCCGUAGACAAGGAUGCUGGCAACAAUGGCAGAGUACAAUUCCAAAUAAUAGGUGGAAACACGGGCGGAUAUUUUGCCAUCAAUAACACGUCAGGCGAGCUUCGGACCACCCGUAGCCUAGAUAGAGAGGAUGUCAGCAGUUUCACCAUUAUCGUGGAAUGCCAUGACCUGGGCAGCCCCAAGAGAAGUACCACAGCCAAACUGCAUAUUAAAGUCUUGGAUGAAAAUGAUAAUCCACCGACAUUUCCUAAGAGCCAGUACCGCACAUCUGUUAGAGAGGAUCUAGCUGUUGGAUCAGUGGUUCUUAGUCUUCUUGCAUUUGAUGUAGAUGAAGGCUUAAAUGGUGAAGUUAAAUACUCCUUGAUUGAUGAUACUCAAGGUGUUUUUGUUAUCAACAAUACAAAUGGAAACAUUGUAACUGCAAAGACUUUGGACCGAGAAUUAAAACAUCAAUAUGUGUUUCGGGUUGAAGCUAGUGACAAUAGUAUAUAUAGUCCAUUAAGUUCCACUAUUAAAGUUUUAAUUCAUAUUGAAGAUGUAAAUGAUAAUAGCCCUUCAUUUUUGGAGGAUCUUGUUCAAGGUCUAGUUUCCUAUGAAUACUUAGUCAAUACAACGAUUGCUACCGUUCAUGCAAGUGACCCAGACCAUGGCUUGAAUGGGACAGUGGUGUACAGUCUACUGGAAACCAAUCCAGUUUUCUUUAUCACUCAAGAUACAGGGGAGAUUAGACUUCAGACACCAGUCUCCCAUACCUUCAAGAACACAGUUCUCAAGGUGAAAGCCUCAGAUCUUGGUACACCAAAGAGGACGUCAACAAGUCUUGUGACCAUUGACCUGGAAGGGCAAGAGAAAGAUAUUUAUUUUGUGCACAAUGUUUAUGAGGCCAUCGUAUUGGAAAACAGCAAAGCAGGCACAGCAGUGGUGACUGUGGAAGCUAAACACUUUAAACCAUUUGACCAAUCUAUAUCCUAUAGAAUUGUCAGUGGGGACAAAGACACAUUUAUGCUUAAUUCUAAAACAGGCGACCUCACAGUGCGGACCCCUGCAUGUCUUGAUUUCGAAGCCAGAAAUAGGAUAAAUAUAAUCGUCUCUGCAGAGACCAGCAGCCUGUCGGUGACCUACUGCAGGGUGUCUGUGGAAAUCCAAGAUCAGAAUGAUAACCCACCAGUGUUUGACCAGGAUCAUCACAUUGCAUGGGUCCUGGAAGGUCAGGCCUACAACGUGGUUGUUAUCCAGGUUUUUGCAAGUGAUGCUGACAGUGGACCAAAUGGACAGAUAGAUUACACUAUUGUGGAUGGCAAUGAAAAUAAAGCCUUCAUGAUUGACUCAAGACAAGGUGUUCUCUCCACAAACGCUAUCCUGGAUCGGGAGAUAAAAUCUUCAUACAGGCUAGUCAUCCAAGCUGCUGAUAGGGGAUCCCCCAGUCUUUCUGCAACAAGUACAGUAACGGUAUUGGUCAUUGAUAUUAAUGACAAUGCGCCUACAAUACCUCCCCUGGAAACAGCGUUUGUUUCUGAAGAUGCUGCCCCUGGCGUCAGUGUAGUUUGCAUCUCAGCCAAUGAUGUGGACCUGAAGCCAAAUGUAUCGUAUAGUUUUACUGAAGAUGGAAAUCCUGGGAUGAAGUUUGCCAUUGACAAAUACUCAGGAAUUGUAAUGCUCAUUGAUUAUUUGGACUAUGAAGAAACAUCCCAAUAUCAUUUAAGGAUUCAGGCGUCUGAUAUGCUGCAUCUGGCUGAAGCACAACUCACCGUUAUAAUUCUAGAUGUCAAUGAUAAUCCUCCUUUAUUUACUAAAGAUUCCUAUAAGGCAUCAAUACCUGAGCUGACUGCACCUGAUACAUAUAUCAUAACAGUAUCUGCCACAGAUAGAGACUCGGAGAUGUAUGGUCCUGUGUCUUAUAGAGUUAUUUCUCCAUUAAAAGGAUUUGAAAUUAAUCCAACUACUGGUUCUGUGCAUACAGAUAUGCCAAUAGGAGUAAAGGAGAAAAGCACUGUGAUUCCUAUCUUGAUAGAAGCCGAAGAUAGUGGCAUACCACCUUUAACUUCUACUACUCUUCUGGAGCUACAAAUUCAUGAUGUAAACAACCAUGUCCCCUUAUUUUCAGAGAAAGUGUACCGGAUCAGUGUAAGUGAAGACGCUGUAGUUGGAGAGGCCAUUCUUAUCUUUACAGCUACAGAUUUGGAUUGGACUCAUGAGAAUGCUUAUGUUGACUUUUCCAUUAUCAGUGGAAAUCCAUACAAUCUCUUCAAUGUACAAAGCAUUGGGAUUCUUUCCCAACCUCCAUUUGUAGUCAUUGGGAAACUAAUCCUGAAUGGAAACUUAGACUAUGAGACAGACACCACCCACACGUUGGUUUUACAAGCUUCUGACCGGGGAGUCUCACUUUUAAGCUCUACUGCCACUGUUUUUAUAUCUGUUCUUGAUACCAAUGACAAUCCACCAAUAUUUCACAACCCGGAGUACCAUGUUAGUGUCAGAGAACAUCAUCCUUUAAAUAUGGAAGUUAUUAAAAUAUCAGCUUUUGACUAUGACAGUGGAGAUAAUGCUGAUAUAAUAUACAGUAUAAUUUCUGGGAAUGAUGGUGAAAUUUUCACAGUCGAUUCACACAACGGGACUGUCAUGCUAGGAAAGCCUUUGGAUUAUGAAAAUGUUAUGAACUUUGCUUUAGUUAUAAAAGCUACUAAUGGCUGGGGAACUAAAAAUGAUGAGGCAUUUACAAGACUCUACAUUACAGUACUUGAUGACAAUGACUUCCCACCUCAGUUCCUGUUUAACAGUGUAAGCUGUAGUCUGUCUGAAAAUAUGCCACCUUUCUCACCAGUGUGCACAGCUAAUGCCAUUGACUUAGACUCUGGACCAUUCGGUGCCUUGACUUACUCCAUUCAAUCUAUGUGCCUAAAUGAGCCUAAGCAAGAUAAGUUUUUCAUUGACUCAUUGACUGGGGAUAUUUAUACUAAGCACAAAAUCGAUUAUGAGACACAGAAAAAGUAUUGCCUUGUUGUUCAAGUGAAAGAUAGAAGUGAAUCCACAGCCUGUGUACUGGUUUAUGUCGAUAUAGAGGGACAGGAUGAGUUUCCACCUAUAUUCCAAGAGGAUCAAUAUUUAUUUGACUUACCAAAAGAAAACAAACCUGGACAAGUUAUAGGCCAAGUGGGAGCUUCAGACAAGGAUGAAGGACCUGAUGGGGUCAUCUACUUUAAUCUUGAAAAGCCUUCUCAGUUUUUCUCUGUCAACACAACUAGUGGUAUCCUGUCCUUAACAAAAAGUGUUCAAAAGAUAAGAAGUAAUACAAGGAAAAAUGAUGACAUUAUUGAGUUAGUCAUAAGAGCCCAAAGCCCAAAGCUAGACUCAAAGUCAUCGACAUGCACUGUUCGGGUUAACAUUUCAACAGCUCUAGAAGGUUACCCUGUUUUGUCAGCAAACAUACUUUCCAUCAGUUUCAGCAUUUCCUUUGUGGUUUUCUUGCUAUUGGCUAUAAGCCUCAUAGGAAUAAUUUUGAGAUAUAAGAGAAAAGAUGUUGUAAAUGCUUGUGGGAUAAAAGAAGUUGCUAUCCCUGCUCUUCCCAAUUCAAAUGGUAAAGACUGCAUGUCUGAUGAAUGUCCAAAGUAUGAAAAUAUCAAGAACAGCAUAGCUCCAGAUACAGCAGAAUGGUUGGGGUUAGUUGGCAUCAGAGAAAAGAAAGACACUGGGAACAAAUGCAGGAAUUCAGACUCGAGUGGUCAUGGCUCAACAGAAGGGGAAACUGCUGAAGAUGAAGAAAUAAAGAUGAUCAAUGAAUACCCCAUUAGAAAAGAAUCUAGCUCUGUUCUUAGUGAAAGAGCCUCACGAGUUCCAGACUCUGGAAUUCCAAGAGACUCUGAUCUUCUGUCAUGUGAGUCAGAUGAAACAGAUGUGGUGAUCGGGUCAGAAAGUGCAGAGAAUGUAGUGAUCCUCAAGGAGGAAAAUGGAAACGGAGAAUGCCAUGCAUACUAUAACUGCAAAAAGGAUUUGCCACCAACAAACCACAACAGUGAAAACAUCCCAAAGGACAAAAACUCUAUUCCAGACACCAGUCAGGACUACAUCUAUGUUCCUAUGUCAUAUGACUCCAGAUAUGGUUCUUUGGCAUCUUUAGUGGCCUCUGAUGAGGACCUAAGAGGAAGUUAUAAUUGGGAUUACCUACUUAGCUGGGAACCCAGGUUUCAGACACUCUCUUCUGUUUUCUGUGAUAUUGGUAGACUGAAAGAUGACAAGUUGCAUAGGCAUGUACCUAAGCAAAAGAAACCUUUCAUUUUUCCACCCCCAUUAAUCACAUCUGUGGCACAGCCCGGGAUAAGGGCAGUACCACCUCGAAUGCCAACUAUAAUGUCAGGACAGACAUUUGUAAAAUAUCCCCGCUCACCUUUUUUCUCUAAUUUGGCGUGUCAGCCUUCAACAAUGACCCCAACUUUUUCACCCUCUCUGUCCAUGCUCACAGUUCACAGUCCAUCAACCUCACCCAUCCGUUCCGACAUAGGAAUAAAUGGAACAUCAGUGCCUGCACUGUCUGAGGAACUAUUGCUACAACAAGAGUUUCAGGUAUGAGGCCCACAUGUGAUAGUCACACCUAUAAAAACUUGUGGGGACCAAGUAAGGCAUGUCUAUAAAAAAUCAUGACUCUGCAUUGUGUUUUGCUAGCUGCAUUUCAACUACCUAUAUGAAUGAUACGCAGUAAACUGUAGCCAAUUAAAUGGCUAAACUUGGUGACUGUUCUGCUUGUCUUAUUUGUCUGCAAGAAAACAUUCUGUAUCACUGCCUACAUUUUUGUAACAGAUUCCACAUUCUCCAGCAACCACAGUGCAUGCACAUUUCUGAAUUGAAAACCAUUUGUGUAAACUCAUUAUCAUAGGCCAGUAUUUACCAGCAUUUAGUUAUAUGGUAUAUUACUACUACUAGAAUUUAACAAUAUUUUAUGAAUAUUCUCCCUUAUGGUUUUGUGUGUAUAGUAUGAUACAUUACAUCAUUCAUAAAAGUAAAUUAAAUAAAUCUAGCUAAUUUAUAUUUUAACAACCUCUGAGCCAGUAAAAGUAGAGGAAACCUAUCCCACGAAAUGUCAGAUCACCCAUGGAUUCGUGGUAAGGUCACAAAGCUUUUCAGUUUUAGGAAAAUGCAAACAAAGUUGCAUGGGUGGCAUGCUGCCCUAGCUCUUAUUCUUUUUAAUUUGAUAGGCCAGGUUCAAAUCUGAAAGCAGUCCUACACUUUGGGUAUAUGUCAGAAAACUGGUCGAUCAGUAUGCCAAUGUACAGCACAGUGUACACCUCUGGAAUCCAUAGAUUUUAAUGUAUCAAAUGUAGUCUAAAAGUGACUACAUUCAGCACAUUUGCAAGCGUAUGCCUUUUUUUGAGAGUUAAAAGUUAACCUUUAGGCUACAUUUGAUACAUUAAAAUCAAUUAGUUGUGCAGGGGGACCCUGUUAUUUAGGUUGGCAUACUUGUUGGCCGGUUUUUCAAUGUAAACCACGAGUGUAGGGCUAGUUUCAGAUGUUAACCUAGUUUUAGUAAGACUGAAAGUACAGUAAAUAAAGUACAUAAGGCAGAAUACACAUUUUAAAAGUUGUUCAAUACAAUUUUUCUAACAGCUCCUCAUCAGCAAUUUGCUAUGUUCUCCCCUAGAGGCAUUGUUUGAAGGGAAGAAUACGGUAGCUUGUGAUAAAACUAUAUAGUGACACAUGGAAAGCCUACUGAUCUAUAGCCCAGACCAUCGAUGCUUCUUGUGCCACAGUCCUUGUGUUUAGCAAAUUGAUUCGAGUUUAGUUUUCAUUUUGAUGGUUGGAUUCCACGUACAAUUGGUCAUUUGGAUCCCGGCCAGUGCUAAUCUUAUGUGCAGGACAGGGUCUAGAGCUAAGCUCACAUCAAGUUUUAAAGCAGCUAUUGAGAAACAACAAGAAACCACAUAAAAUCAGCACAAAGGAAACAGGUAAAGUGAUUAAAGUUACUAAACAUUUUUAUGUAGACUUAAGCUGCAAAUUGCUGUUAAAAGCAGAAUUAUACUUUAAAGGAGUAAAGACAUCUUUAUGGGAGUGCCGGAUAUCUCCGGCUCUUCCAUAGAGAUGCAUGGAGGGGCGUGUCGGCCACCGAUUUGUGCCAAGAUUGACACACUUCAUGCAUGCGGAUAGCCGGGUCACCAGGCAGGAGGUUGCAGGGGAUCCCAGUGGUCAGACCCUCUUCUGUCUGAUACUUAUCUCCUAUCCUGCAGAUAGGGGAUAUGUUUUUUAGACUGGAUAACUCCUUUAAUCUGGAUUGUGAUACUCCAAUCUGCCAUAAUGUCUCUUGUUGUUAAAUGUUCAAACCCUUGCCAUAUGUGAAUUUAUAAAACAAAACAAUUGUUAUUUUGUUAGCAUAUGAAAGCUAUUAUCUAUGCUUCAUUAAAUCUAUUUAACAGAAAUUGUGAUAAUAUUGUAACUUUAAUGUAUUUACUUAAGGGUUCUAUCAUAUUGUAUUAUCUAUGAGAACAUUUAUUUUUUUACAUAUAUGAGCAUAAAAUAUCUUUUCAUCCUAUUGCCUAAAGUGGCAUAACGUCCCAUAACUUUUGUUAGUCUACUGUAAAGUUUUCUAUUAAUAUAUUGUGCCCCAUCAUCAUUAUCUGAUCUUAACCAAUAACCAAGAAUGUAUAAGAACAAAAUAGCCCACAAAAUGUAGCUUAUAAAUGUAUAAAUGUUUUAUACAUUUACCACCAAAUAUUUUAGCCUGAUGCCUUUAUUGGGCUAUGUGAGUCAUGUACUUCUGUUGAUCGGAAGUGCACAAUAUCACACUAGAAGAUUGUAAAAUAUGUUGGAACAUCUUAUCACCUAAAACUUUAUUCGUUGCAUAAAAUAGGAAUGUACUAGGUCCUGCUGUGCCCCGAUAUGUUAUGGAUACCUCACCAAGUUAGAUUGCAUUGAGUUCUCUUCCAUUUACAUUUUUAGACAGUAUUACUUUACUCUUUUAUCCUAAAACCGAAAAAGGAAAAACAAAACAACAACAAAAAAAAAAUCACAAGUUAAAAACAUAUUUAAAAGUAUUUUGAAUGCCAUAGAGAAUCAGCUCACCAUAUUGAACUUUAUUAAUGACUGGUUGAUAGAGAAAAUAUAGAAAAAUAAAGAUUUGAGAAUUACGGUACAUGGGUUACAUGGGCAUGCCUUGUGGAAAUGUAUACACAAUGGAGAGAAUUAUCAAAACCAUUGCAAUCAAAUUAAUGUCUGGAAAAUAAGAACUAGAAUCUCAUUGGCUAGACAUGAUACAUGCUCUCCAUUGUGGCUGGCUUCAUCAUGUCUUGUUUGACCGGUGCUUAAUGUUAUUCAGGAAUGGCUACAGUCUACAGUUUCCUGAUGUUGAUAUAAUACUUAUCCACUGAGCUCUUUAAAGGAGUACUCCAGUUCAGGAAUACUUAUCCCCUAUUCAAAAGAUUCAGGGAUGGGGGGGGGGGGGGGGAGAACCACAGGGACCCCUUGCAAUCUCCUGCAUGGCACCCCGGCACACUGUAUCUUCUACUUUCACUUAAAGAUACAUGGAGGUGAGGUGUUGGCCAUCGCCUCGUGCGGGGAGCAACAUGCUCCCUUCCUGGGGACUGCUGGGCUCCCAUGCAGGGGAUCGUGGGGGGGGUCCCCAGUGGUCAGACCCCCUGCAAUCAGGCACUUAUAGGGGAUAAGUGUUCCUGCACUGGAGUACUCCUUUAAUAGAAGUUCAAUGGUGCAUAGAUGGUAAAUUGCAUAUAAUGCUUAAUAAGUUGUCUAAAAAUGUAUUGUAUAAUCUUACCCACUAUGGGAUCUAUUUUGAGAUGUUGAGUGGGGCAAUGUUACAAGCUGUAAAUGUAACUUUUAAUGAUGUUUACCAAAUUAUUUUCUAUUUUAUAUGUACACAGCAUUCAGGAAAUAUUAUGAAUAAAUGAAAGAAGGGAUAUUAUUUUUCAGACUGAACCAAAUGUAUUAAUAGCUGUGUUUUAAAUGCAAUUUUCAUUUUAUGCCAAAAUAAAGAC